AUCAACCGGCCCCCCGGGUUUAGGGUUGGGCGGUGGGCUAACAACCCAGUCCCGGAAAAAACAGACCUGUUACAGAAACCACAACAACAAAUCCAGAAAACAACUUGGCUCCGGAAGAGUCCUCUCCAGUAGAGCCUAUGAUGCGGGCUGGUGAAAGCCUUCGGGAAGCCAGUGCGAAGGCAACUCUUCCGACAGCCAAAAGCAAGAUCAGAAUAGGGACCUGGAACACCCGAACCCUAUAUGAGGCAGGGAAAUCUACACAAGUGAGCAGGGAAAUGCAUCGCUACAACCUCAAGAUGCUAGGGCUGAGUGAAACACACUGGAACGGCGCUGGACGAACGCGACUGACGAGUGGUGACACUAUCAUCUACUCCGGACAUGAGGAAGGACACCCACACGUUCAUGGAGUAGCCCUGCUUCUGACACCUGAGGCAGCACAGGCACUACUCGUCCGGGAGCCAGUAUCACCGAGGCUCCUGACGGCAAGGUUCAAUUCCAAGGGGAGGAAAGUUACCGUCAUCCAGUGCUAUGCACCCACCAACGCAGCAGAGACCGAGGAAAAGGAGGCAUUCUACGAACAGCUCCAGGCAGUGAUGGAUAAGCUGCCAAGAAGAGACCUGAAGAUUCUAAUGGGUGACCUCAAAGCAAAAGUGGGGGCAGACAACACCAACAGAGAACUCGUCAUGGGAAAACAUGGAGCUGGCGUCCAGAACGAGAAUGGAGAGCUACUUACUGAGUUCUGCACUUUCAAUGACCUGGUCAUUGGAGGCACCGUGUUCCAGCAUAAGCAGAUCCACAAGACGACUUGGACAUCACCAGAUGGGAGGACUGUGAACCAAAUCGAUCACGUCACCAUCGGAAGAAAGUGGAGGAGAAGAUUACUGGACGUCAGAGUCAAACGAGGAGCAGACGCAGCCUCGGACCAUCACCUGGUGGUGGCAGACCUGAAAGUCAAGCUGAAAGUCUACAGAGAUCGAGCAGACAGGCCAUCUCACAAAUACAACGUACACAACUUGAAAGACAAAACAAAGGCUGAGAUCUACCAAUCAUCAGAUGGAAAUUAA